AUGGCAACUACUCUCGCCUCUCUCCUCGCCGUAUGGACGAACUAUCUUCUCCAGCUCAGUAGAGCUGCCGGCGACACCAUUCUCUGCUACUGUGUGGGGAUUUUCACUUCUUCCCUUGCCAACCAGGAGAAGCAGGGACGAUGGGGGGUUUGGGUACACAACUCUUCGGAGAGGACGCGAAAAGAGAUCGCGGUGGCGGUCCUGGACAGAAGAAGGUCGGAAGAAAAGUCCAACCAACCUUCCUCGCGGAAGGAAACUGCCAGAGUUGAGCCUGGGAAGCGGAAAAGAAGCCAUACCCAAGCACGUAAUCACAUCCAAGAUCUCCUUCAACCUAAACGACGGCGUCAAUCAAGACGAGUGAUGUGGCGGUUCUAUUUACCGUCGCCGGAGGAAGCCGAUACGGACACACAGGAGGAGCAGAGCCAGAUGAACUUCCUGCAGGGGCGGAUAGCUCCGACAGAAGCACUGGUUUCAAAGUCUGAGACACCCACCUGUGAGCUUAGAUCCCGAAAUGGGGCGAGCUCCGAAUUCAGAUCCCGCAAUGGGGCGAGUUCGAUUCAAGUUAAUACUAAGGCGUUGAUUAUAAAUAUCCGCCGUAGACCGUCGCCGGAGCUGUGCUCUUCACCCUUCCUCCGGCCGGUUUUCUCCCCGAAAUGUGCGCGACUAGGAAAGGUGGCUGGCUCGCGUAGGAGUAGCGGAAUCGCGCUAAUCCCGGGACUGUUUAACGGCCAGGGGGAUUUUCUGCUCCGCCGUAUCUAUACGGGAUUUGAAAACCCAACUAAGCGGUUAUCUAAAUUGGUUUAUCAAAGUUCCCUUUUCCAAUUUGAACUCUCACACCAGGAGAAGUCUCGUACGUACCCUGCUUAUAUAACACAGCCGUCCAACCUUAUUUCUCUCCACCAAAAAGACAGAGAGGAGGGUUGGGUGCCUAGGAGCUGCGGAUACCAUAUUAAGCAAGAGACAUACUCUGGUAAGUGGGAGCUCUCUAAUUCGGAACUCUUUCUAUGUUUAUGGGUAGUGGAUAUUCCUACCAGAACGUUUUCUUUCAAUCUCUCGAGCUACCCUUGGGUGCCAACUAGCGAGGCUUCGGCCAUUAUUACUUCCUGUGAGCUGAAACUGGUUUCUCUGUUGCAGUCGGCUACCAUGGCUCGCAUUGCCAGUGACCAGGUCGUGGAAUUUUCGCUAACAGAGAUUCAAUCCGACAGGGUUCGCCGAUCAAGGAUGCUGCUUGGCCGCCUCUUCACUGAGGAUCGGCUUACUACAAUUGAGCUACGUGAAGCCAUCAAUAACCCAUGGCAAGGCCAGGGACGAAUCAAAGUGAGGGAGGCGGCACAGGGAUUGUACGAGUUCGUCCUCCCAACUGAAACGGCGAAAAAUUGGGUGCUCCAGCGCACGCCAUGGGUGAUCAAUGACAAAAUCCUUCACCUGCGGACCUGGACGCCUAGCAUCACUGCUCGAACUUUUGAUGAGUUGGCAGUAGCGCCAUUCAGAGUCCAAAUGUGGGACGUGAGAGAAGAAUGCUGCACUCAACAAUUUGGACGAAAGGUGGCGAGCUCCACUCUUGGCCGGGUUCUUGAAGCGGGCAUUUUCUCCUGCACGGAUACUGCCAAUACUUUCAUCAAAGUCAAGACCCUCAUCGAUUUUUCCAAACCAUUAAGAUUCCAGAUUUGGGCAACCAAUGAAGAAACGGGAUCUUUUUGGAUUCGGUUUAAGUAUGAGCACUUACCCAGUUUUUGCUAUAACUGCGGGCGUGUGGGACACUUUCGUCAAAAUUGUAUGUUUGAUCCGCCAGCACGUAAGGAGCGGUUUGGUCCUCACAUGACGACCAAAAAAAUGGGAAGAAAAAUCUUCGAGGAAGAGGACCAUGUACAGCGGUUCUCUGGACAUCCCAAAUCAGUCUGGAUCAAUUCAAAUGUCCAGCAAAAAACUGGCCAGGAAGAUCGAGGGAUAAGGCGCUCGGGUACCAUGCCGAGGCAAGAGCCGAUUCCUAAUAACCAUCGCGCGGUGGAUGACAAGCCACUGUGGAUGGGAUCGUCCGAUGCUCCGUUCACCACCACUAAACAGGCCGAGCGCCAGGCCAAACUGGGGAGAAGCCCCCUCAAAUUCCCAAUUCCAAAGGCGGCCCCCAAAUUCCCCCUGGGAAGGCAGAUCCGCCGUGGUAAAGGGAAGGAGGAAAGAGGUGGCAGCCCGAUGGAGAUAGAUAAAUGUCGAGACCCGAUCCCGCUGCCGCGCCGACGGGGAAGGAGUGGUCGGGCGAAAAAAAUUGACCAGGGGACGACCCCCGCUGCUGCUUUGGAACACAAAGGGAAGAGUGCGACCCGGCGCACGCUUCAGCCAUCCUCUGAUGUACCAUCUCUGGAGGAAACAGAUGAGGCUUCCCGUCGCCACCGUCUCAUUCUAGAAGACGAGUCCGAGGAGGAGUUCGUGGUCCAACAUGUCCCGGUUAACAGGCAGAAGGAUGAUCGGCCACCGCUUCGGCAAUCAGCCCCGUGUGUGCUGCCGACGCCACAACUUCCCCGAUUCCAGGCUGUUCCAACAGCCAAACUGAAAGACAAGAAGAAGGGCGAACAUAUUCGGCCGGGCCCCAACAGAACGAAUGGGCCGGCCCAAUUGAUGCAGCUGUCCCCAAUUUGUCAGUUGGACCCAAAGGCCAAAGGCAGAAUGGGGAAAUCGAAUGGUGGGCUGGCCUGA